GCCAGCCUUGCAGGAUGACAUCAUGCAAGCCAACGCAUACUGAGGUCUCUGUUAUUAUGCCUGAUCACAAUUAGCCUACACAACACUUUCAUGGUAACUUGUUGUUUUACUUUGUCUUAUUUUUUUUCCCUUUUAAUGUUUACAGUAAAUAAUUGAGUAAAUAAUUAUGAUAUAAUCAGAUGUCGUUUUUGGAAAGAGGCUGUCUGAGUUAAGUAGGUGCACUCGGUUUAGUAUGCGCAACAUAUUGUACACUAGCCCACUUCAGAUAUUUUGAUUGGGCCACAGGAAAAGAGCGAGGUAUUGAGUAUUAUCACCAUAAGUUACCAUCAGCUUUGACCCAUUGUCUGUAUCUGGUGCUUGAUUGAUAGCAAGAUGUGGUAGGUAUGAUGUGUUGUUUAGCUAUAGAUUUUGAACCGUCAAUGCUGAGCCGCACUCCGGGAUUUGAUGCAUUGUAAAUCGCGUGCACACAGUUUUAACACGGUCCUAGGGCGCCCAAGUCGCGCCUCUCUCUUUGUGGCUGUAGAAAGAAGAUGGCUCCCGUUCUGGAGAAGAAGCUCCUGGGCGCAGCCGGGGCAGGCGACACUAUGGAAAAUAGCAACGAAGACGAGGAAGGACAAAACCUAUGGCAAGUUCAAGUACUCGUGAUUUACAAUGUGUUGUUUUCUGUAACGGAAAAGCUUUUUUACUAACUUGUUUAAUGUGCUUUGUCACUGCCGGGUGCUCUCAUCAAAACGGUCCCGGAUGCCUUCAAAACAGUUAACUAGCUAACGUAGUUACGAUAGCAAACGUUCGCUAGGCUACACAACUUCGCUUAAGUUAGUUAGUGUAGCUACAUAACUAACCAGUUACAAUAACAAACGAGACAAACGUAUAGAUAACUAGGCUAGCUAACCAAUAUUCACACCAAAUAAAUAUUACUAGCAGGCGCGUUAGCUAGCUAACUAUCUAGCCAAGUUAUUGUCGUCUGAUUGUGCAGGACCAAAGAAUGUAGUUAGCUAACGUUAACUAGCUUAGCCACAUUAAUUUUUGGUCAUUGAUAAUUACAGUUACAGCUACAUAACUAGCUAUGUUUUAAUAUUGCCAAGCCAGUCAAACUUUUUUAUUUUAUAAAAUGUACAAAAUUAAGAAACUAUAUAGCUAGCUAGCUAUGAUCAGUGACAACUGACUCACGUUAACGUUACCUGGGUGACUUGACACAUGGCAAGUUGAUGCUGACACUCAAAAGCUUAUUUGACAAGGUAGGCUAAUUACCAUAACAAGUGAUAGCUAGCUAACGGUCUUGGUAGCCAGACAGACACCUACCAGUAGGCUAUGUGUUAGGCCUAGGCUACUUCAUUUCAUCAUGUGAUAGCUAGCUAUCAAUCUAAUUGCAUUGUUAUUUCCUUCAGGACUUCAAUUCUCAGUGAGGUUUCAACACGUUCAAGUUCUAAGUUGCCAUCCGGGAAGAACAUAUUGGUGUUUGGUAAGUACAAAUCCAUAGCCUUCAGUAACUUUUAAUCAUGCCGAAAGAGAGAAGUAGCUGAUUUUCAGGAGAGGUUGCAUAUAAAGUUAUACAGAUAAUAAAUGUUGUCUUAAGUCAAAUCAACCAAAUCAUAACAAUAACAUGACAAUAACCCAUUUGUGCGGAAAUGUUUCAGGUGAGGAUGGGUCAGGAAAGACAACGAUUAUGGCAAAACUCCAAGGAGCAGAGCAUAGUAAGAAAGGAAGAGGCCUGGAGUAUCUGUAUCUGAAUGUCCACGAUGAGGACAUAGAUGGUAAGUUCCCUGUGUCAGUGGAAAAAAAUGCAAGCGUACAUGGGUUAGGCUACAUGUUAUUUUUUGCGUGACCGUAAAUCUCUGAAUUUUUGCAGACCUUACACGCUGUAACGUGUGGAUCCUGGAUGGGGACUUGUAUCACAAAGGCCUGCUAAAGUUUGCAGUGACAGCAGAGUCGCUGAACGACAGCUUGGCAGUGUUUGUGGCAGACAUGUCAAGACCCUGGACCAUCAUGGAGUCGCUCCAGAAGUGGGCCAGCGUGCUGCGUGAUCAUGUGGACAAGCUCAAGAUCCCACCAGAGGAGAUGAGAGAGAUGGAGCUGAGGAGUAAGUAGUGCUGAAUCAUCUACUUCCCGUUGGCUGCUGCGACAAAGUGUCUGUGGGGUUGAUUGUCCAAGCAAAGGCCAGUCCUAACAUUGAGCCGUGUUUGUUUGGCAGUCAGACAGUGGAGGUGAUGAUAAUUGCUGCCCUUAAUGUUGCGAGAUGCUUGUUGCUUGUGUAGCUGAUGGCAUGGUUUAGUUUGGCAAGUGUCUGCAGCAUAGUGAACAUCCCAGACAGAGCCAAUGAGAUGGAUGCUUACAUAACAGAUUUAGGCUACAGUUUGGAUGCUGGCUGGUUUUUCAUUUAAACUAAAAGGAAGGGCAGUACAAAGCACAGACACUGAAGUAUAAAAUUACACAUUGUCAUCAGAAAGGCCCAUGAUUAUCAGCUGUGUUCAGUCAUGAUGACCAAAAGCCUGCUCUGUUGAUCACUCCUGAUAAUUUUAGAAAUGAUCAUGAAGUGCUCUUUUGUGCUCUGAAGUUGCAUGCUCUUACAAGAGCCUGGGGUUAUCUGACAUUCUCUUGAUCAGAGGAUCAAAAGGAUGAUGUUUCUGUAGGCUAAAAAGCUUUGAGGUAAGGUAGCACAUUACUGCAUUCUACGCAAAUAUUGGGAAUAUUUUGCAUAAUCUGAAUGCUUCUACUGGACCAAUAAUCAGUGAUUUACUGAUUCUAUACUGUAGGCUAAAUUACAUAAUGUUGGUAGAUGAAGACUUGGUUUGACUUUUCUUUCUCAACAUAGGGAGGAAAGCGUUUGCGUAGAUGUCAAGCCUUGUUUUUCAUUUUGGAUUGUGUUGUACUAGUAAAUACGUUUACUUUGUGUAGGUCUAAUUUUGGCUAGUGGUGUUUGCUGAUAUCCAACACAAGUAGCCAGGCUGGCAUAUGCUCCCUGCCAAACUCUUUUGUUGAAUACACGCCCACCCACAAACAGUUCCAGCUUUUCUAUCUAGGAGAGUAGCAUAUCAUCCAGGCAGUGCUCAUCUUUCAGGAUGUCAGUAAUGAUGUCAUCACUGCACAUGUCCGACUAGAUAACAUUGUAUCCUUAUUAACAUUAAAGAAAACAAAAAAAAUUAAGUAAUAUAGAUCAACUUACAACAAAGAAUAACUUUAUUAACAUUGUUUUUAGUCUGUAACAGAAAAUACUUAAAGUUCAUCAAUUUGCCUGAAAUAAAAUAAAAAAUUCAAACCUUAUUUAAACUAAAAAAUUUUGACCAUUUGAUACUGAAAAACUAAAUUAAAUAUAAUCAAUAAAUAAUACAUUCAAAUUGAUCAGCAACAUUAACUUAGGAGCACAAUAUAUGAAACACUUUUACCUAUAAAACAAAAAUGAAUAAAACAAUUUGUGCUGAUUUCAGGAUUAAUGGCUACAAUGAGCACGUUUUGCAGUGCACUGCUUUUCGAAGCGGGGUUUGAAGCAUUACAUUUACAUUUUAGUCAUUUAGCAGACGCUCUUAUCCAGAGCGACUUACAGUUAGUGGGUGCAUACAUUUUCAUACUGGCUCCCCGUGGGAAACGAACCCACAACCUUGGCGUUGCAAGCGCCAUGCUCUACCAACUGAGCUACACGGGGCCAAGCAUGAUACUGCAACUCUCAGCUCCUGCUCAAUGUUUAGCUGGGACCUGUACUUUGUCUUCAGUGCAGCAACAGCAGAGAAGCCAGUCUCACAAAGAUAAGAUGUUGCAAAAGGAAGAAGAAUGCCCAUGGCCCUCUGCCCUAAGAGUGGAUACUGCCUCUCUACACUCAGCCAGAAUUCACUCAGUGUCUGUGAUGUGAACCUCAGUCUCAAUGUGGAGUCAGACGUCAUAUCAAUGAACUGGUCCUCCUCUGCAGAGCUGAAACCAGUUGGAGCUGGUGCAUUGAAAGGAUCUCUCACCCAGUCAUAUUGGGAACUGUUUUCAGGGAAGUACUUUUUAAAGAAUCCCAUCAGUGAUGAAAUAUGCUCCUUAAUAUAUGGAAUCACUGAGGUGGCAUCAUAGUCAGUAGUGUCAACAAAUCCAUGCAGGUUCUCGAAUGAAUCAGUAUUUCCUUCAUCAAGUCGCCUGUCCCACAUUGCAAGCGUUCAAGUGAAAGAGCUGAACUUGUCUGUGACCUGAGGUGUUUCUUUCAUUUACAUUUUAGUCAUUUAGCAGACGCUCUUAUCCAGAGCGACUUACAGUUAGUGAAUACAUUUUUUAUACUGGCCCCCCAUGGGAAUCAAACCCACAACCCCGGCGUUGCAAACGCCAUGCUCUAUCAACUGAGCUACAUCCCUGCCGGCCAUUCCCUCCCCGGGACUCGGGACAAGACUUCCCGGGACUCGGGACAAAAACUCGGGACAAGACUUUUCCUCGUGACAGCCACCUUGCUUCACUGUGAAACAGCACAGCUUGAUGUUCAGCUCCCAUCUCCUCACAGAUAGCAGAGAAGACUCUUGUUUUUAGUGGUCUGGUGAUUGGGGUGUAUCAGCGUGAUUGGGGUGUAAUGUCUUUAAGUGACGCCUUAAUUUAUUUGGCUUCAUGCUGUCCGCUGCCAACAUUUUUAAAACACAGUAAACAUACCGGUCUUUCCUCGUCUCCCACAGUAGUCGCAGUGAAGCCAAGCGCUACAUACGCUUCGUCAUAUUUCCUUGUCUUAGCUUUCGGGAGACUUACGUUUGUCUCAUCUCCGUCUCUCUCCGCCUUUCUUUUCAUCCCUGUUAAAUAUUUUUCCAUGGUGUCUCUUAAGGGUUUGUUAUCUGCACUUCAUAUCUCCUGCUCUGUGCUGUGUGCUCUUGUUCGGUGCAAAAAAAACCUACUCCCUGCGGCGGCAAAAAAGCAUGUUCCCCGGGGUCACACGCGCCCCCCUGGCAUCGCUCAGAGCCCCCCACUAUUUGAGAAGGACUGGACUAGUGCGACAUAUCCAAAGGGAGGAGGAGGCAUGGCCGGUGUCCAGGUCCAGGCACUCUUACAGCAGUGUUGCAUCAUGGUUUCUUUUGACACCAGAGUGAGUCUAAGCAUGGAAGGGAUAUCGAGUGGGCAGGAUGUUCUGGCCCAGUUGAAACUGGAGCAGCUUGAUGGUGCUCUCAAGCAGAACCAAUCCUUGCUGUAUCAUGCACUGAAAUAACACAAAGCAACAGUUUUCUAUUCACAACUGUUGUUAUCAGGAUUCAGCAAUAUCUUUCUGUUAUGUCUCUGCAUUAUAGGCCACAAAGCUGAAGGGUCUUGCAGGAGCAACCCGGCAAUUAUGCUUCAAAUUGGUCAUAAAGUCAUAUCAAGGCUAAUGCUUACACUGUAAAGCUAUUUGGCCCCACCUAUAUUUGUACUAGAAUGAUUAAGUGGGCAAGGUUGAACAAUGGAUGAUUCACGCUCUUGUCUCUGCCUGUCCUUCUGAUUUUAAAGUGGUGUCUGAAAUGAUGAGAAAUCUGGAUUUAUUACUGUACAGAUGAAGGGUGACCACUGCACCUUUCUGACAGGCACUUUACUGUUAUUACCUCAGUAAAGACGUUUUGCCGCUCAGCCGGGUUUAUGUAAGAAAUGUAGGCCUAACCUAUGUAUGUCACUCCCACCAAGGCAGUCUACCAAAAUAUCCAAGGAGAAAAAACAUAGCUCAAUGGCUGAGCAGUGCCUGCCUAAGAAUGUGUUCUUCAAGGAAUACCAUGUGAGCGAUGCAUUUUUUUUUGUACACCCAGUUAUUUGAGUUCUUUGGAUACAAUUGUUUGUCCAACAGUCUAAAUGCCAUAGCGUUACACUAAGGCAAUUGCACAUUUGUAUCUUUUGGUUUGUCUUUGUUGAGUCUGUUGCAUCCAGGCUCAGCUGGCCCCCUGUAGCUUUAGCUGGCACAGAUCAGAGCAGUCUGAUCCCAUCCCUGCUCCCAAUCAGCUGGAGUUUACAUCACAGGGCCCAGUCCAGGCAGCCCAGCACCCUAAGGGUUGUUCUGUUCAGUUCCUGGUGGAGGAAAGUGCUGUAGCAACACUGGCUCUCUGGGUCAGCCGUAACCACAUUCCUCAGGUUCCUGAGGAAGGGGAAGUGCCUUCCCAGACCACUACUCACAGCUAAUGUGCUGGGAUGCAUACAGGGGACAGACUGCCAACACAGCUACCUGCAGCAGUGACCUAUUGGGAGUUAUGCUUCUGCUUUAUACCAAAAUAGACCUUAUGAAAAUAGACCUAGACUUUGUUGUGUUUUGCAGUCUCAAUAUAUGGAUCCAUCAUUCUCUUACUAAUCAUGUUAUUAAAGCUCUUUAGGGUAUAAAUAUAUUAGCGAGUCGUACUAAAAGGUUAGUUAUUUGUGUGUAAAACACAGUGGGAGUUAUUCUCCAGUCUGGGCAGUGGAGCUAGCUGGAGCAGGCAGGAGAGGAAGUGCUGUCAGAUCAGCUCAUGUCUACAGACCUGGUGCAGCAAGCUCUGGAGCUCAGUGAGAAGGUAUGGGGAACAGGGAGUGUGAGUGGCUGAGUGCAUAGCCAAGGGUAAGACUCCAGUCCUUCCCUACAGGAGAGGAAAGCAGAAACUCAACAUCUGUUAAGAAUGGGGACUAAAUGUUUUCCAUGUCAGGUCACUUGGCCUUUAAUAACUCAGGCCCGUAGUUAUGGAGUACCCAUUUGUGACGCUGUCCUGCAUGCUUUAAUUCAAUCAGAAGAAAAUAUACAGUGCAUUCGGAAAGUAUUCAGACCCCUUCCCUUUUUCCACAUUUUGUUACGUUACAGCCUUAUUCUAAAAUUGAUUUAAAUGAAAAUUUUUCCUCAUCAAUCUACACACAAUAACCCAUAAUGACUAAGCAAAAACAGGUUUUUAGAAAUGUUUGCAAAAGUAAAAAAACAGAUUACCUUAUUUAAAUAAGUAUUCAGACCCUUUGCUAUGAGACUCGAAAUUGAGCUCAGGUGCAUCCGGUUUCCAUCGAUCAUCCUUGAGAUGUUUCUACAUCUUAAUUGGAAUCCACCUGUGGUAAAUUCAAUUGAUUGGACAUGAUUUGGAAGGCACACACCUGUCUACAUAAGGUCCAACAGUUGACAGUGCAUAUUAGAGCAAAACCAAGCCAUGAGGUCGAAGGAAUUGUCCGUAGAGCUCCGAGACAGGAUUGUGUCGAGGCACAAUCUGGGGAAGGGUACCAAAACAUUUCUGCAGCAUUGAAGGUCCCCAAGAACACAGUGGCCUCCAUCAUUCUUAAAUGGAAGAAGUUUGGAACCACCAAGACUCUUCCUAGAGCUGGCCACCCAGCCAAACUGAGCAAUCGGGGGAGAAGGGCCUUGGUCAGGGAGGUGACCAAGAACCCAAUGGUCACUCUGACAGAGCUCCAGAGUUCUUCUGUGGAGAUGGGAGAACCUUCCAGAAGGACAACCAUAUCUGCAGCACUCCACCAAUCAGGCCUUUAUGGUAGAGUGGCCAGACGGAAGCCACUCCUCAGUAAAAGGCACAUGACUGCCCGCUUGGACUUAGCCAAAAGGCACCUAAAGACUCUCAGACCAUGAGAAACACGAUUCUCUGGUCUGAAACCAAGAUUGAACUCUUUGGCCUGAAUACCAAACGUCACGUCUGGAGGAAACCUGGCACCAUUCUGUGAUAUAUGGUGGUAGGUGGCAGCAUCAUGUUGUGGGAAUGUUUUUCAGCAGCAGGGACUGGGAGACUAGUCAGGAUCGAGGGAAAGAUGAAAGGAACAAAGUACAGAGAUCCUUGAUGAAACCUGCUCCAGUGCGCUCAGGACCUCACACUGGGGGGCGACGGUUCACCUUCCAACAGGACAACGACCCUAAGCACACAGCCAAGACAACGCAGGAGUGGUUUCGAGACAAGUCUCUGAAUGUCCUUGAGUGGUCCAGCCAGAGCCCGGACUUGAACCCGAUUAAACAUCUCUGGAGAGACCUGAAAAUAGCUGUGCAGCGACGCUCGCCAUCCAACCUGACAGAGCUUGAGAGGAUCUGCAGAGAAGAAUGGGAGAAACUCCCCGAAUGGAAUAAACUCAAGCUUGUAGGGUCAUGCCCAAGGAGACUCGAGGCUGUAAUCGCUGCCAAAGGUGCUUCAACAAAGUACUGAGUAAAGGGUCUGAAUACUUAUGUAUAUGUGAUAUUUCUGUUUUUUAUUUUGUAUACAUUUACAAUAAUUUCUAAAAACCUGUUUUUGCUUUGUCAUUAUGGGGUAUUGUGUGUAGAUUGACGAGGGGGGAAAAAACGAUUUAAUCCAUUUUAGAAUAAGGCUGUAACGUAACAAAAUGUGGAAAAAGUCAAGGGGUCUGAAUACCUUCCGAAUGCUCUGUAUGCUCUCUAUAAAACCUGUGUUAAAUCAUGUAAAGAUUAUUGAUCCUCCAAAUGAAAAAGGUGCAUUGCGGCUAGCCUAACCAAUGCGGCCGUCCCCUGUCUGCCCCACAGUGGUGAAGGCCUUCCAGGAGUACACAGAGCCGGAGGGAGCCGACCCAGCCUCUCCCCAGAGACGGGCUCCCCCAGCAGGGGGGGAUGACGAGGGCGUGGUGCUACCGCUCGGGGACAACGUACUCACACACAACCUGGGCAUUCCAGUACUAAUCGUUUGCACAAAGGUAAGUUGAGGCUGUCUGGUUGAAUAUAGGUACCUGAAAGAAGUAGCCUACCAUUUUUAGGCACCAGUAUUGAAAUGAAUAGCCAAUUUUUGUACUGAAAGAUUUUAAACAACACUGAGCCUCAGGCUCCACAUGGGCCCACAACUAACUAGUACACAGUUGACUCACAGUUGACUCUCCACUCUGGCAGUCCAUUUCACGGUUGGUGCCUGAUCAUCACUCAUCUUGUGUUGUUGGUUUUUAGUGUUGCCCGUGAGGCAGCAUCUUCAGCCCAUGAAAGCACCACAUUAUUCCAUGUCCAUGAGCUUCUGGCAAAUGGCUGCUUUAAAAGAACACAGUCAUCAGUAAUUCACAUGCUAGUCAUGACGAGGACGAGUGAAAUGUGUUUUCACGGCUCACUGUUUUUGUGUUUCUCUUCUGCCUUUAGGGAGGAAAGGGUUAUUUCACUCCUGGGGAAUUCAUCUUGGUCUUUUGUACAGUUUGUUGAACAUACUCUCAGAGCAUUAGUGAAGUGUCCUCUCCAGGCACUAUACAUAGGGAUUUUGUGGAUUUGAAGUGUGGUAUGUCUUUGAAGAGACUGCUGUCAUUUGGUGUUCCAUAUUUUCAGACUAUUUGCUGUAUUUUCUAAAUCCAUUAUGUCAUGGAUUUUGAUCAUGACAGAUUCAGUGAGAACUAUACAUUGCACCACCUGCUGCAGUUUACGAAGUUAUAAGGAAUGUGAAUACCAGUUUACUCGCUGACACAUACACAGGUUAAAUGGUGAAUCAUGCUAGCAGAUACCAUAGACUUCCAGUCAUUGUGCUAACGCCAGUUAGCACUGGCUCGCGAAACUAUCUCUAACUUCCUUCAUACUGGACACAGAGACAUAAAAAAUGGUAUCCACGAGUUCAUCUGACUCUGGGAAAGUAGAUAAAGAGCCUCAUUGCCAAAAUCCCGAAGUAUCCCUUUGUCCCACAGAGUGUGGCACUUGGGUAUGUAUAUUUAAUGACCGGCUCCUGCAUAUUUAACCAGGCCUGCUGUCUUUUCUACUGACGUUUUUUAUUUCAGGAAGUAGCUAGCCUGGCAUUUCCUGAGUCAUGCUCAGCCAGUCAGCCUUGUUGUUGUCAAGGUUCCCAUCUUGUGGUCACUGUGGGGAAGUGUAUCUGUGUGUGAGAGACAGGGUGGUGCCUGCCUGCCGGGUUUUACUGUUCCUUCCUGGAGGGAGGGAAGGAGAGAGUUUUCUUGCUCCAGUUGUAGCCUAAUUGCUGUGUACUUCUCUUUCUCUCGUUCUUCUCUCGUUCUCUCCCCAAUUCAAAGGGUUUUAUUGGCAUGGGAAACACAUGUUUACAUUGCCAAAGCAAGUGAAAUAAACAAUCAAAAAUGAACAGUAAACAUUACUUUCAAAGGAAUCGAGACAUUUCAAAUGUCAUUAUGGCUAUGUGCAGUGUUCUAACGAUGUCUCUCUCUCCACAGUGUGAUGCAGUCAGUGUUUUAGAGAAGGAGCACGACUUCAGAGAGGAGCACUUCGACUUCAUCCAGUCCCACAUCCGACGAUUCUGCUUACAGUGUAUCCUUUCCACUCAAACACUUAACACUCCCCCUUGUUAGAAUGACAGGCCCCACCAUAGAGAUACAAUAUCAUAAUAGUGUUCUAUUUAAUUUUGUGCCCUAUCAUGUCUCUGCAUGUUCCUUAAUCCCACCUGACAGAUGGAGCUGCCUUGAUAUACACCUCCGUCAAAGAGGAGAAGAACCUGGACCUCCUCUAUAAAUACAUAGUGCACAAAAUAUACGACUUCCAGUUCACCACGCCUGCCUUAGUGGUGGAGAAGGAUGCUAUUCUGAUGUAAGUGAAUGCUUUAUGCUCUGUUAGGUGCUCACAUAUUGAGGUAACAGAGACAAAUGAAAUCAGUAUUUUCCAUCUUGUGAUUUGGCCUUUCAUUUCCUCAAAAAUAAAAAGGAGGUUAAAAUCUUAACAUUUAAGUCAUUUAGCACAGGGGUUCCCAAACGUAUUCACUCGGGGCCCUCCCUUCCAGCGUUGGGGAACAUCCCGCGCCACGUCUAUUUCUAUGGGCACAAGCAACGUUUGUGACAGACUUUUCACACCCCUCUUGUUGGAGAGAAUUUUGCAGGUUUAAAACGUAUUUCCUGCAAUUCUACACAUUUUGUUAUGGGGUGCAAAGAACAUUUUCCCGUUUUAAAGCUAAUCUUCUUGCAAUUCUAUAUAUUUUUGCCAUGUCUAAUGUGUAGUCGUGAUAUUUGAGUGACAUAAAAAUUACAACAAUAUCUAUGGGCUAAAAUGUAAUUUAAAAAAAAAAAACGUUAGCUGACAUGGGCUAGUUGAUCUGGACAUUUCUGAUAAGUUAUAAAUAGCUUUCUAAGGUAUGCGAUGACUAACGGGGGGGGGGGGGGGGGGGGGGGGGUUACUGGCCCAACGCUCUUAAAAGCUAGGCUAUCUGCCCCCAGAUAUGACUGGUGGACAGUUCUGAAGUUAUAUGAACAUGUACUGUAUUGUCUUUGAAGGUUAUUUUAACAAGCUGUUGGUUACAUUUACAUUUUAGUCAUUUAGCAGACGCUCUUAUCCAGAGCGACUUCCAGUUAGUGAGUGCAUAUAUUUUUCAUACUGGAUCCCCGUGGGAAGUGCUCGAGUAUCAAACAAAACUAUUUUCUUUUCCUAGACCAUCUGGAUGGGACAAUGAGAAGAAGAUUGCAAUUUUGCAUGAGAAUUUCACAACAGUGAGACCUGAAGACCCCUUUGAAGAAUUCAUCAUGAAGCCUCCAGUACGGAAGGUAGGCUCAUGAGAUUUCUACAGAUAAGAGACAUUACUUGGCAUUUUACUCAUUUUCCUUAUGCAUCUCCCUUGGUUUGACAUUCACGCCUUCUCUCUCCAGCUGGUUCAUGAUAAGGAGGUCAACGCGGAGGACGAGCAGGUGUUCCUUAUGAAGCAACAGGUAUGUGUGUUUGUUUACAUUCUGGAACACACAGUUCUGGGAUGCCUUUCAUGUUUGCAAUUCCAUGUUAUCUCCUCUUCUAAAGAUGCACACUAGAUGGUAGUGAUCUGAGAAAAAAAUGAUUGGUUUUGUUCAAAGCUAUGAUUGUGGAUAGUGAAGCCAGUUUCAUUUUAUUAGCCUUUCCCAGGCUUCAAAGCCUGGGGUUCCUAUUCUGCACUUCCUCACUGGCCAAUCAGGAGCCUGAGAACUCCCAGGGCUUAAGCAUAAUUGGUUUCUGAGAGGUCACGUGGUUGCCUCAGGGCAAAGAGCGCUUUCUCUUUGUGCUGGGCUUCAAGUCCCUGUUAGGUUAAGCUACCAGUGUCCAUCCAGACAGUGUUUGUUUCUACUAUGCCCAUAAACUGUGAUGUAAGAAAGUGUUUCUGGGAAUGUUAUGGGGGUUGGAAAAUAUAAGAUAAAAAUGCUGAAUUCUUUUGGGCCCAAUUUAUUUCAGGAAAAAUAUGUGAAAAUAAAAUUGAAUUGUCUCACAUCCAUUUUAUUUUUGUCUGUUCUUAAGUCUUUGCUGGCCAAGCAGCCGGCCACACCAACAAGAGGAGCAACAGUAAGUGUGAUAACAUCAACCACACUUUUUUACAUUUCUUGACCACAUUUUCUUGACAAAUGAGUGUUUGAUGACAGUCAAUUCAUCAAAAGGAGCCAUGAUUUAAUUGAAUUUGCCUCACUGUACUCUGCUCUCUGUCUUCUGUCUGUGUUUCAGGAAUCUCCUGGACGGACUGCUUCUGGCUCUCCUCGGCCCACUGGCCGUACAGGCCCUACCAAUGUGGCCAGCGUCUCGCCAAUGACCGCAGUCAAGAAACCUGACCCCAACAUGAAGGGUAAGUUGGACCACUGGAACUUACUGCCCACCUUUAUUUUUACAGAGCACCAUGGAAACUGUUGAAUGAGAACUGGUAGUAAUUUGGGCAACACUUUUUUUUGUUGUUGGAAGUGUAUGACUGCUGUGUAACCACUGCCCCCCUGAGGUAGCUAUUGAAAUAAUUCCAUAAACAAUGGAUUCCUGCACACCUCCGGCCGCUGGCCUUGCUUCGGGAGAAAUAUAUACAUUUUCUCCAUUAAGCUCAGUGGGGGAGCCGUGCAUACCAGCGUAAAUAGAUCUGCUUAAAUUAAACCAAAUUUAAUUGAGACCUGCAUCCCCCACCCUGUAGUUGGUUGCUGUUGGCAAGGACAUGUAGGGAGGAAAGGAUUUGGAUACGCUAUACGAAAAUGGACAGUUAAUCCUCUAGGAAAGCAUGUGCAUUGAAUUAUAUCAAUCGUGUUCCAGUUAAAGUAUGAUCCUGUAUGUGCACUGAUAAUGUUUUUUUAUGAUGAAAUGAUGAAUAUCAUGAUCAUACAGUAGUAACUGUUGCGUGCCUGAAUUGUAUGGAAGAAAUAGAUUUCUCCUUUAAAUCUCAUGGUUCUGAUCCUAAGGGAUGCUCGUCUCAUGUGUUUGUGUCUCAGGAGCAGCAGCAAACGAGGGAGUUUUGGCCAACUUCUUUAACAGCCUUUUGAGUAAAAAGACUGGGUCCCCUGGGAGUCCAGGCACCGGAGCUGCAGGAGCAGGAUCUCCAGGAUCAGUCAAGAAAACAGGUACAGUCUCCUCUGGCCUGGCCAUCCAGGGCGUCACUGGCUUGUCUCUGGUUUAACUGCCUCAUGUUGUUGCCUUUGGACCAUGCUGUUGUCUGGAGGUUCACCCCUAGAGCCUGAGAGAAAGAGAGGGGGAAAAGGGAGUUCUUGGCAGGUCCUAGAGGAGGGGAAGGGUUCCACUCAACUCCUAUGCCACUGGAGGAACUUGUGAAAGGCCUGUAUGCAUGGGACAACACAGCUGUUAACAAUGUGUCAUUCUCUGGCUGCAAAAUGUCACAAAACCACCCCAAAUGACACCAAGCACAUACCACGGCUCACUGCUUAUUUAUCCUUGUUUCUGUUCAUCCAUUCAGUAUGAAGUUGUAUUAACCCAUUGUCCCAGCAUACUUGCAUGGCCUUGUAUCCUACUGGCCUCGGGCAGCUAAUGACAUAAAACUGAAAGAAUAUGCAUGGAAUGUUUUUUAGUGUCUCAUGAUUGGUUUUGCAUGUGUGCACCUGUCACGUGACGCAACUGAAGUCAUUUAGCAUGGGACCACAUCUCAUCAGUUUCCAUCCGCUUGCUGGCCAUAACAGUCAAUGUCUUAUUUAUAGUACAGGCACAGAAGCUACAGGAGAUUACUUUCUGUUCUCUCUUUUAUUUUCCAAGGGCAGAAGCCGGUUUUGACUGACGUCCAGACAGAGUUGGAUAGAAUGACUCGCAAACCGGACUCCAUGGUUACAGCUAACAACACCACCAACAGAGAACGAAGCGUGAACGCAACAACAGCAUUGUCCACUGCAAAUACUCUGGAAAACAAACACACAAGCAUAAAAAAAACGAAAUAUGACCAAAUUCCCAAUGUAUAGAUCAGUUAGCAGACUGUUUCGCCAAAUGAGUUUGAGAUGCUAUCAGCUAUAUUGGUUAUAUUGGUAAGAUGGGGACAGAACGAAAGGUGGAGGUUUGGAGAAGGAGGAUGUUGAAGACUUGGCAGUAUCUAUCCUUAUUACUUCAAUUGUAAUGGUUUUUUUGCGAGGGAUGUCAGGUUAAGUAAUGCGUGCGCACUCCUUGGGAGGCAACCAAAUCCCCUGGUCUGGGAGCCCUCAGUUAGCAAGGGGAUACACCCUCCCUCACAAGCUUAAAGAGUGGAAAAGUGCUGUGGCCUCUUGUUCAGCUAAUCUUAUGGAAGGAAAGCGGUUGCGAUAAGAACAAUUAAACCCUAAAUAUAUUCAUUUAAAAAAUGAAAUACUUGCAAGCGUAUGUAUUAUGUAAAAAAGGUUAGAGAUGAUACUGAUGUAUUUAUAUAUAAAAAAAAAAUCGUUAUUUUCUUUUUUUCUGCACUGUUAGAAAAGGGUUUAGAUAGCUAUAUCUCAUAACAUGUUAAACUCCACUGACGUCAUGACACUAAUGUGACAAAUACAGAUAGCUGAUAGCAAACAGUGCCGUCUGCCCACAAAAUGGCAGGUCCAACUAGUCAUCUUUAAGGAUUCUGUAAAUAUCAGCGAAAUUGCAAUUCAAGCUUUGGUUUUAUUUUGUACAAAAUGCAAUUCUUUUACAAAAUUAUGAAGAAAUGUCUGGGAUAAAAUGAGCAUUGUUGGGAUUGGCAAGUGUAGAGUUUGCAAGGAACGCUCUUUUGGCUAGAGGUGUUUUAGGGGGCAGCAUCUUUCCUACUAUAACUCCCAAGUGCCUGGCACAGUAACUGUUUGUGUCAUAGUGGAGCUGCUUGUCUACUUAAAGAGGAAAUGCACUGUAGCACCAACGAUAAAAGGUUGUUGUCCAGUUCGGUCAUUCAAGUAAUUUAUUUUGUUAAAUUUUUUUGUAUAAGAAGUCUGUGGUCUUUGCAUAUGGUUUCAAGAGAAAUGUAGCUUCCGUGGCCUAUAUGACAUUGUUCGCUUGAGCAAUAAUGGGAAUGCCUUUCAUUUUAUAAACUGUAAAGGUAUCUAGAUGCAGAUUUUUAGAAGCAACCACACGUUUUAGAGUAUUUGUGUCCCCCAGAUGAACACUUGCGUGGUUUAAACCACUCACUUGCGCGGCCAAAUCAUAUGGAAAUCAAUAACUACGGUUUUAAUGAAAUGGGUUAUCCUUAAAAAGAAUUAUUUAGCUCUGUUCAUUUUCAGCUUCAAAUGUUUUUAUACAAGCUAUAUGGCAGGUCAGGUUAAACAUUCCCGAUUUCUACAUGAUGUAGAAAUCGUGUCCCAGUAGGAAAUUGCAAUGUCCACAGAUCUUUUGUGUGAUCUUCAGUGCCCAUUUACAAUGUUGAGUUUUUGCCUUCAGUGUACGUACAGUUCACAAUUUGUCCAUCUGUGUACCCUGCCUUCACUCAGGGUAGAUGUUAGUCAAUAUUAUCAGCCUUUGCUUGUGCCCUUUGUAGGUUUUAAUUGUCCUAGUUCUGCCAAUGUUUUUUGUUAAUUUUUGAAAAAUUACAUCCACUCUAAUACUGUACCAUAUCAAAUUAUUUGUAAAAAUCACAAGAUUAUUUGAUUAAUCACAAUGAAAUAACUAGAUGAUCACCCUCAAAUCUACCUACAGUCUAGCUAUGGUUAAUUUGCAGAUCAGCAAUUGUAACAUUGAUUUCAUAAACUGUAAGAGCAGCUACUUGGCUUUUAAAACAACCUACAACAACAACGGAAACUACAUAGAAUUGGAACCUGGAACCAAAGAUGCAGCAAUCAGUGUGUUCUGUUUUGUGUAGAAUAGUCUCAUUUGAUUCCCAGGUGACCAUCUCCCCUGGCCCUGUGUGGAACACCCAUCAUUCCAAAGUACAGUCUAAGGUGGUCCGUGUACUUAACCCCUACUUGAGUUGCCAGGCUAACUCAUUUAUUUAUUUAUUUUGCUCUGUAAGGGAAAAAAACCACAAGACCAAGAGGUGUGCAGUCUACUUUAUUUUGUAUGAACUAAUCUCUUGUAAGAAUAAGAUGAGUACUGGCUGGAUUUUGAUUCUAUCAGAAUGAAGUGCUUAUUUUAUCUUCAUUGGGCAGAAAUGUGCAUCUAAGAUCUGUUGCUGAAAUUCAAGCACAAUAUUGGGACAGCCAGGAGUAUUUCCUUAUGUUGAAAUAAUCACCUUCAUUUGGAGAGUUGUAUUGAACCCCCAGAUGUUAUUGUUUAAACUAGAGAAUGCAUACUUCUCUUCCUGCCUGCUUAGAAUGUGUAUUGAUGAAUUACUCACAAAUGUGAUGCACUUAAUAUUGCGUUAAUAUUUUUGGGAUUAGCAGUAUAACGAACAUGGCCCUGGCAGUCAAAUCUGCUCCAGAAUUUUAAAACUAGACCUUUUCUGAGAUUUUUAAGAAAUUAUCCAAAUAAACUAAAAUGCUCCUUAGUUUUUCAUGUGUAUUUCUGUCACACCUGCCCAUUGCAGAGCAUCUCCUUAGUAUUAUUCUGUUAGAUUUUUCUGCACAACAAUGGUUGCUGUUUGCAAGCAUUAUUUUGCUUAAAUUAUAUAGGACAGAUAUCUUUAGGGUGGUAACAGCCUAGAAAUUCAUGAACUAGUUCACUCUGUUUGUCUCCACAUAGUUACUAUACAUCUGCAUUAGCCAAACAGAAAUCUGGAUGUUUGGCUAGUACAUCAAGGAAAAGUACUAUCACGCUGCUUGAUUUCAAAAUUGCAUGUUUUUGAUGAUUGGAUAUCCCCAAGAUUGAAUGAAAAACAGAUCUUGUAAAAAAAAGUUCACGCUUAAGUUAAAAGCGACUGCUCUAUACAUCAUCUUAGUGAUAUGCCUUCAGCCCUUGAAAAUAUACACAUAUAGGAUAUUUGAAAAGCUUUUGCUUCCAGUCCUUUUUAUUCAGGAUAUAAAAACCUUUUAACCACAUGGAGUACUGUGUUUGUGCCCUGGACAUAUUCAAAUGAGUGUGAUUGUAUGGCUUUAACAUGAUUCAGUAUGCAGCCAUGUGGUAUGUCGCUUUUUGUGCCGACAAAGAUAAGGAAAAGUGUCUGUCAGCCUUGGCUUCAAUAAAACAAAGAAUCCAGA